GAAGAAGCAUCCUUACUUUUAUUUCAGUCACCGGAAAAAAAUUAACAUAGAGCAGAGUUUCUUCUCAUAUACAACGACGACCAGCGCCGGCGAUAUCGGCGGCGUAGGAGAUGAAAAACCGUAGGAAACUCCGUGGUGUAUGCGGAAACGACGUCGUUCUCUCGUGGAGGACGUUUUUCUGGUUCGUCGUUAUGUUUGUCAUCUCCUUCGUCCUCUUCUCCACCAUGUUCGUCUUUAAAGGAAAGUUUCGUCCCGUGGUACGUUCGACGAUAAGCUUCUCAACGGCGAGUGCGGUUCUCCGGGAGACCGUAACGCCGUCUCCGGCGGUUUCGAUUCGCGAAGCGGUGAAGUUACCUGAGCAGACGCUGGUUUUCCUAAAAUACCCUCCGUCUCGUCGGUUAUUUACUAAAAACGAUCUCAUUUGCGUUUUCUCCAACGGUGGAGAUACGUCGAAGGAGAAUCCGACGGCAGUUGACAGCGACAAAUUUAACGGACAGAUCGUACGGUGUCCUGAGACGCCACGUGGAUAUAACGUAUCGCUUGCCGUUUCGAGAUGGACGGCGGACGAUCACAUCCCCUCUGGGCCCACUUACCAAUGGGAUUGGCUGGUUUAUGACGCAGUGAUCGACCAUGAUAACUCCACGGUGGUUUUCGUCAAGGGUUUAAAUCUACGGCCGGGGAGAGUUGCUGACGUGUCGAGAUACGAGUGCGUGUACGGUUGGGAUUUCGCGAAACAUAAUCGGUUAAUAAGAUCAGAUGUGAUCUCCGCGGCGCAGGAGAUCGUACGGUGUAGAACACCGUUAACGGUGUUAGACGGGGGCCCAAAAUCAGCCCAUGGGCCGGUUAAAGUCUCGGUUAGAAUCAAAGGAGGAACCGGUAUGCUCCCAUCGAUCGCUCAACCGGUUCGGAUCAUUAACUCCCCGCGACGUAAACCGUUCGAGAUGUGCGUUUGCACCAUGACGCGAAACGCAGCCGCGGUUUUGAGAGAGUGGGUGAUGUACCAUGCCGGAAUCGGCGUUCAACGGUGGUUCAUCUACGAUAACAACAGCGACGACGAUAUAAGCGCAGAGAUCAGCGAUCUCGAACGCCGCGGAUACAACGUCUCGCGACAUUUCUGGCCGUGGAUCAAGACUCAGGAAGCCGGAUUCUCCAAUUGCGCGAUUCGUGCGAAGAGCGAUUGCGAUUGGAUCGCGUUCAUCGACGUCGACGAGUUCUACUACAUCCCUUCUGGUCAAUCGCUAACCAGCAUCGUCAGAAACCACACAGUCUCCGAUACGAUCGGUGAAAUUCGAACGCCGUGUCAUAGUUUUGGACCGUCCGGUUUAAGUAACCGGCCUCGCGGUGGAGUAACGGAAGGGUACACUUGCCGUGUGGUUUUACCGGAGAGACACAAAAGCAUAAUCCGGCCGGAGGCGAUGAACGCGACUCUGAUCAACGUGGUGCAUCAUUUUCAUUUGAAAGAUGCGUUCACAUUUGCUGACGUGGAUAAGGACGUUAUGGUAAUUAACCACUAUAAGUAUCAGGUUUGGCAGGUUUUUAAAGAGAAGUUUUAUAGGAGAGUCGCGUCUUACGUGGCGGAUUGGCAGAAUGAUGAGAAUGUCGGGUCGAGAGAUCGGGCGCCCGGUUUAGGAACCCGACCGGUUGAGCCACCUGAUUGGGCUGAGAGGUUCUGUGAGGUUAAUGAUACUGGGCUUAGAGAUCAGGUGUGGGAGAGGUUCAGAGACAAUAAAACGCAGCGUUUGAUUUGGGAAAGAGAGGAAGAUGAAAAUAGAGUUAAAAAGGCCUCUUUGGCCCAUAAUCGGAUAGCUCGACAAAUUAAACAAAAGCUGAAUAAAACUCAUUAUUCAUAAUAAUUUUUGAGUUUUUUUCUCAUGGACGACAGGUUUUUCUCUGUAAUUUUAGUCGAGUAGUGUAGUAAAGAUAUGGCAAAUUUCAAAACAAAAUGAAUGAAUAUAUAAGUAAAAACAG